GCUCACCCGACCCGGCCGUCAACAAACUAAACCCGACCGAUCGAGGAAUUUACCACAACUUGUUUGUUUCAAACAGAAACUGUCAAUUACUUGUCUCACUCCCCGGAAGGAAACAUGGAACAACAACAACCACAAAAAGAAGUGGCUCCUCUUCGGCCCCGUGUUGCCAAUGCUUGUGAAGCUUGCAGGUUUGCUAAAGUUAAGUGUCAGGAGAGCAGUCAAGUGGGGAUAUGUAAAAGGUGCUUGGCUUCCAAACGAGAGUGUAUCUUCAAGACUGGUCCCAGAAAAAGACGGCCUAGAGGGUCGAGGAUAAACGCCGACCAAAACUCCACAACAACAACCAGCAAGACCAACUCCAACUCCAAAACAUCAACAACAGCUAAAACCACAUCCAAAACCUCAAACCCCUCCUCCCUCCAAAAACAAUCUUCCCUCUCCAGCCCACCCCCCGGUCCUUCCCGUACCUUCACCAUCGACGUCCCCAUCCCCACCGCCUCCGUCGACAUAGCCAUCAGCUUGGAAUCUCUCCGUCUCAACCACGAAGGGUUUAUGGAUCACAUUUGCCUCGAUCCCAACACCGGGAUCGGCUCCGAGGGAGACGACGGUACCUACGACUGCGACUAUGAUUAUGGAUCUGACGGCGAACCAGUAGGGUCGGUAGUGUCUAGCCAUGCGAGCCAUGCUAGCUCCUUGCCUGUGGGAGCAUCAGCUGCUACACCGGGGAGUCGUUCUACGUCUGCUUCUGGGGAUGGGUUCAGGAGUGGGAAGGGGAACACCGGAAUGGCAGGGCAGGGAGCGGGACUGGGCCCAGGCGGAAGCAGCAGAUCCCUCGCCUCCCUCUCAGUCCAACCACAAUUCAACGUCGACUCCGCUGCACGACUGUUGGACACAUUCAGGAACGUCAUGUUGUGGCAUUUUCCCUGUGUGUUGGUUGAUCAUGUCGUCUACAAUAUCAACGAGAAGGAGGAGGUGAAGGCGGGACUGGAAGAAGCGACGGUGGCGUCCCUAGCAAGGGAGAGGCCGUUCGUGCUGCUGGCUGUGUUGGCGGCGGCGAGCAGUACGCGGACAUUGCAGGGUCAUAGUUUGUACGAUGAGGAGUUUAGGAAGAUUUUGGGGCUCAAGUUCGUGGCCGGGGGAGAGAGGAGUCUCGAGUUAUUGCAGGGGUUGGCGGUUUAUGUUGCUUGGUAUCCCUUCCAUCUUCGACCGAAAAACAGACAGGCGUUUCAGUAUGUGCGGAUGGCAGUCGAUAUGGUCAAUGAUCUGGAGCUGGAUGUGGAUCCUGGUGUUGAUGAGCUCACUGGCCCGAGAGGUCCAAGUCCGGAAAGAUUGGAGGAGAUCAGAACUUAUUUGGCUACGUAUUAUGUUGCGUCAAACUUCGCAACAUCAUGGAACCGCACACCGUCCAUGUCCUUCACUAGCUAUACCUCCAAAUGCUGCGACAUCCUCGAGAAGUACAGCAUAACUAAGGGAGACCGCAUCCUCCCCUGGCUAGUUCGUCUCCAACAGCUCUGCGAAGAAACAAACGAUCUACGUAAGCCGCAAAGGGGUGCGGGUGGUCUUCCACAAGCAACCGAGAGUCAGAUCGAGAUGAUCAUCAAAGGUAUGGAAGCCCAACUAAACGAAUGGGAAGUCAAGAUGCCUUCUGAUCUUCAAUCAAUACCCUCAAUCCGCAUAACAACUCUCUUCACCCGUCUCUUCCUCACAGGCGCCCCCUUACUCAAGUUGCCCUCCGUCAAGCUUCCAGGGUUAGAGAAAGACCCCCCUUCCUUCCGGGUCGACGGGAGCCGGCUUCUCAACCUGAUCCCCACCCUCCACCAGAACUACGAGUACUUUUUGUCACUUUCGGCACACGAAAUCAACGCCUUCUCCAUGAUCGGCUGGGGGUGUCUCAUUUUGAGCACCAUCUUGGGGUUCCGCAUGAGUUUCCCCAUCAUGUUUUGUCCUGAAUGGGAUGAUUAUGCGGCGAGGAGGGUGGUGAAGUUUGGAGGGUUUUUGGAUCGGUUAUGUCGAUUGGGUACUUCUAUCUCGUCAACCUCUGAAAAGAUGGAUAAAGAUAGUAGGAAUGGCCUCACCCCGGCGACGAUACCGACAACUACGGGGAUGGAUGUGUUGAGUGCCAGCAAGGUUGUCUUUGCGGUGGUGAACAGGAAGUUUAGGAAUCGAGUUGCGAGGAUGGAGGGGGCUGGCAUGGGUAGAGGGAAGGACAAGGAUACGAGAAUGGGCGAUGUUGGUGUUGUUGUGGGUGUGGGUGUUUGUCCUGUCACUGGGAAGGCGGUUGGUGAGGAAGGGAAUCCUCAUAAUCAUGUCCCUUUGAAGCAGGGGGAGCAGCAUCAAUUACACCCUCAACAAUCACCACAAACUCAGCAGCAACAGUACGACCAGUAUCGACACCUCCAAACUCCAACACUACCAACACAGUCCACCACCACCAACCACCAGCAUUCCCAAAGUCAACAAGAAGUCCUAGACAUCCGCAUGGACCAUUUCUGCCCCAUGAUCCCUCUCGAAAUAGACAGCCUACAGGGACAAGCAACCAUGCCUACCCUACACAUCCCCUCAACAAACGUGUCCGGAUGUCCAAUGAUGGACGGCAGUUUGGAGCCCUAUUACCCCUAUUGGAACGAGACGUUUGCUUUUAACUCUACAUUUACUGGGUUCGGGGGGAGUCCGAGUGUGAAUAGUCUUGGUAGUAGUGGUAGUGGUGGUAGUAUUGAUACGACAAGGAAUGAGAUUGCAAGUGAACAACAGACCUCGGUUGAGGGGAGUGGUAGUGUGCCGCCGGGGGCAAUGCCGGGGAUGGGGUCGGGAACGGGUGGUAUGACUAUCAAUAUGGGGAUGGGAACAGGGAUGGGAAUGGGGUAUAAUGAUCUCUGGGCUGCGAUGACUAUGGACUGGGCUGCUGAUGGUGGUGUUGAAGAUUGGACUUGAGCGAAAGGUUUUGCUUGCACAAUGACUGAUGAAUUGUUGGAUCUAUUCUUUUAUUCUUUGUUUUCAUGUUGAUGGGAAAUUUGUGCUCAACCUUGAACUGUCCGUGAGAGAAAAUAGAGAUAUUGUAACGAUGAGAAGA